UAGUUGCGUUUCCACCCAAGAGAGUUCGGUCGGUGCGGCGUGUGUGUGUAUAUUGAAUAGAGUGAACCAAUAAAAGACCAAACAUAAUAAAAAAAGAACUUUGAAGAGAGAAAUAAUCAAAAAAUGUUGCCUUCCGCGACAUUUUUCUGUGUUACCGUCGUGAUCGUGGGGAUUUUAGGCGAGAUUAAGGGGCUGGAUCCGAACUUGGGGUCCGCGGGGGCAGUUUCGCACUUCGAGCCCCAGGUCGCCAUUUUAUGCGACGCGGGGCCCCGGGGACAAGAAGCCUAUCAGCCCAAGUACAUGACCGAGCAGGGGGAGUGGGCCUCCGACUUAAGGUCAAAGGCCGCCUGUCUCAAGGACAAAAUGGAUAUUCUUAAUUACUGCAAAAUGGUAUAUCCUAAAAGGGACAUAACCAACAUUGUAGAGAGUAGUCACUACCUGAAAAUCGGUUCCUGGUGUAGAGCCGGUGCCACUCCGGGUUCUCAAAGUCGCGGCAAAUGUAAAACUGCCAGAUGGGUUAAACCUUUCAGGUGUUUAGAGGGUCCAUUCCAGUCCGACGCCUUGCUGGUACCAGAGAACUGCAUGUUCGACCACAUCCAUAACCAGAGCAACUGUUGGACCUUCGGUCGGUGGAAUUCUACCGCCGGUACCGCUUGCCAAGAAAAAGGACUCCAGUUGAGGUCGUUCGCUAUGCUGCUUCCAUGCGGAAUUUCCCUGUUUAGCGGAGUGGAGUUCGUUUGCUGUCCGAAACACUUUAAAGAAAACGUAAAACCAAAGAAACCCAUUGACUUGUCGAUCCUCAAAAAAGAGCAAGACAUCUUCUCAGAUCCUUUGGACGAUACCGACGACGAUUCAGACGAAGAUGACGACAAUGACGAUCUGGACGACUUGGUAGAUGACACCGAACUAUCCGAAGAUCCCACUAUUGAUGACGACGAUGUUGAUGACGAAGAUGACGACGAUUAUGAUGAAACCGAUUGGGAUACUACCUCGCAAAGCACCACCAGCAGCUCCAAGUAUACCCCGUCGGUUAGUUCAACCACUACUACCACAUCAACCACCACCACUACAACCGAGAAACCUACAACUGAAUCCACUCCCGACCCUUACUUUACGCACUUUGACCCUAGAAACGAACAUCAGAGUUAUAAAGAAGCGCAAGAACGUUUAGAAGAGACACACAGAGAGAAAGUUACGAGGGUAAUGAAAGACUGGUCGGAUCUGGAGGAACGUUAUCAGGACAUGCGGUCGACAGAUCCACGAAGUGCGGACGAGUUUAAGCAAAGGAUGACUCAGAGGUUCCAGCAAACCGUGCAGGCUUUAGAGGAGGAGGGAGAUGCCGAGAAACACCAAUUGGCCGCCAUGCAUCAGCAAAGAGUUCUAGCUCACAUUAAUCAGAGGAAAAAGGAGGCCAUGACUUGCUACACUCAGGCUUUAAAUGAUAAUCCACCGAACACCCACAGGGUACAGAAAUGUCUACAAAAACUGCUGAGAUCGUUACACAAGGACCGCGCCCACGCCAUUUCCCACUAUCGCCAUCUGUUGGCGAGUAGCAUCGAGGCGGCGGCUCGCGAGCAACCGCGAGUACUGGAACGACUCACCGAUAUCGAUCGGACCGUCAAUCAGAGCAUGCAAAUGCUCAAGAGGUAUCCAGAGUUGGCCUCGAGAAUCGGACAGUUAAUGGACGAUUAUAUUCAAGCGUUAAGAUCAAAGGAUGAAACGCCUGGUUCACUUCUAGCUAUGACCUCCGACGCAGAGCAAGCGAUUUUGGACAAAUACAAAGCGGAAAUCACCAAUAAACAAGCAGAAAGAGAAAGACAACGGUUACAAGAGAAAGAGCGAAAGGAGCAAAGGAAAAAGGAGCGAACGGAACUGAAGGAGGAAAAGAAGAGAGUGGAGGCGGCUUUGGGCAAAACCAUUAGUAACAUGGACGAGGACGAUAUGGAGGAAGACAUUGCGGCGGUUGAUGAUAAACCAUCAACUCCGGUAUUCGUGGUAUCGACGGUCGAGAGUACCUCCGCCGAGAUCGCGAGUAGCUACGCCCCGACUCCGACCGUCGGCGGUCACAAGGAGGUGGACGAUGUGGCGGUUCAGGAGGCGGUCGAGGAGGUGGCGAAGGCGGCCGCCUCUCACCGGCAGGACGUCAUCCGGGUGGCGCAUAUAAUGUCGCACGACUUGAGUCACGGAGAACCGUCAUUCUCUGUUCGACGAGAGAUCUACGGCCAUAAGGAUGGCAGAAGUGUCUACAUCACGAUCGCAUUCGCCGGAAUGGCCUUAAUGGCCGCGAUCGUGGUGGGAGUUGCGGUGGCCAAACGCGGAUCUACUCGGUCUCCACAAAGUCAAGGAUUUGUCGAAGUAGACCAAGCAGCGACCCCCGAAGAAAGACACGUGGCAAACAUGCAAAUUAACGGUUACGAAAACCCCACCUACAAAUACUUUGAGGUGAAGGAGUAGGUAACUUCUUAAACUGUAUAAAUAACGGAAUUAUAUAACACUGUUAUUUCCUUUAUUAAUUAAUUAAUUAAUUAGCAAACCUUCUUGUGUUCGUUUCGGUUCGUUGUAUAUUUAUUUCCGAUAUAAUGACGCUUUAGGAGCAAUAUUCUAUUGAUCUGUGGUUUUUUUUUGUAUAUUAAGUUGUUAAGUUUGAUAUUAGUUUUCAAGGGUUGGAUUAUUCAACCCAUUUAAGUAAUUGACAAACCGUGGUACAUUCAAUCAUUCCAAGUUUUUCUUUUUUUAUAUAUAUAUUUAUAUUAUUUUACUUAAGUAGUAGGUUUGUACUUAAUAAUAAUACUCUUAACGCAACUUGAUAAUAAUAAUUCUUACAUAUGCAAAACAAAAGUAUAUAUAAAAUAUUUUGGAGUUUUAAAAGGAAAACUUUAAAUAUAUUAUGAUUAGUCAUGAUUUUUUGCAUAUGACAGUCCACAUUUUUAACAAACAAAAUGAAUAAAAAAAAAACAAAUUACGUAACCCGUAGCGGAGAGGGAGGGUCAAACUAAAUGAUGCAAAAAAUUCUGAUUGACCUUCCUCCUUUGCUCUCCCUUUUAGUUGUAUUGUAAUUAUACACUCAGUUGGAAGUAAUUAUUUAUUUAUGCAAGGUGGGUCAAAAGUAAGUGAUGUAAACCUUUAAGGAGUAUAAAAAAUGUAGGAAGUGGUUUGUUUUCUUAAAGGAUGUUAGAUCAAUGUUUAUACUUGUCAGACUAUUUAUUUACAAGCAAUAGAUCUUUUUUUAAGUUUUCGUUGGAUUUCCAGGCAUUUGAAAUAAUAAUUCAUGGUCUACAGGCAUUUUAUGUCUUCCUUUUUGGUUUUUCGUUGAUUUAAUCACGUUUUCGGCAUAAUUUCCUAAAUAUUCAAAACUAUUGAUUUAAUGUCUAAUGAAUUCCAAAUAAUUAAAGAAGUUCUUCAUAUUUUCGAGGCUUUCGGAGUAUUUUUUAAUAUAUUCCAGGCAUUUGAACAAAUAUUUUUUAGUUUUCAGGCAUUUUUUUAAUUAGUUUGGUUUAAUAACAUUUUCUACGUUUUUGGAAUAGUUCCUGAAAUAAUAUUCCAGACAUUUGAUGCAUAGUGAAUUCAUCAAUCAAAGGAUUAAGUUUUUCAUAUUUUCCAGAUCCUGCAUGUCAUUUUUCAUGUUUUUAGGGGGUUUCUAGAUGUUAUUUUAUACAUUCAAGUAUUCCAGUUAUUUUAAAAAAUAUUUCACUUUUUUGGAAUAAUUUCUUAAAUAUUUCCGACAUUCGAUUUAAUUUUUAAUGUAUUCCAGGCUUUUGAAGAAGUUUUUCAGACAUUUGGAAUAAUUAUUCAUCUAUUACAGGCAACCGUGUUACAACACUUGUUCUAUUCAAGUUAUUUAGGAUAUUGUUUCUUAUUUUAUAGCCUCACGAAGACAUCAAAAAUCGCAUUGGGUGCAUGAAAUUAUUUUAAUAGAAAAAAAACUUUAUAGCAAUAAAAUGCAAAAUUACUGCAAGUUUCAAGAAGAAAUGUAUCGACAUCCCAUUAGACAUCAACAUAUAAUUUAAACCACUUAAAUAAUUUGUAUAAAUUUAAAAUACUUUCCAUCCAUCCUUUAAAAAACACUGACAACUUACUUUUGUAUCACCACCCCCGUGUCGGAUCAAAAUAAAAUUAUUCGUGUAUGAUUACAAUAACAAGUUAGCAGCUAGACUUGUAUGGUACCCUCCAUAUUAUACUUAAUAUUAACAUUAAAAAAUUAGAUCGUAACGUGCAAUAUGUUACCCGACAGCUUUUGUACAAAGUCUUAUUUUGUUACAAGUUUAAUCCGGUUUUUUCUAGUGGAUUAAUAAUCGGUGAAUAUCGUCUUUAUUCUAUGAGAGAAAAUCCAAUCUGGUUCAAUAUUGACUUCUCUUUUUAGUAUAAUUAAUCUGAGACAAGGUGUUUCGGUAACUGUGUUAAUAAAUUCCGUUUAUUAAUCAUUACAGGCUCUCAAAGAUGAUGGUGAAAAGUUUUUCAAUUUUUUUUGGACCCAGUGCAAACAUUUUCAUAAUUUUGUUAAAAAUGGUCCAAAUUUGUUGAAAGUUGCUUUAAUUGGUUUGGAAAACUUCGGUUUUUAUUUAUAAAAAAUAUUGCAAGUCAAUAUUUUUAAUAAGGAAUUUGUUACAGGCUGUCAAAGAUCAUCGUGGACAUUUUUCCAAUUUUUUUCAGGCCCAGUACAAAAAUCUUCAUAACUUUGGUAAAAAUGGUCCAAAUUUGUUGAAAGUUACUUUAAUUGGUUUGGAAGACUUCAGUUUUUAUUUUUUUUAAUAUUCCAAGUCAAUAUUCUCAACAGGGAACUUGUUACAGGCUGUCAAAGAUCAUCGUGAACAUUUUUCCAAUUUUUUUUGGACCCAGUACAAAAAUUUUCAUAACUUUGUUAAAAAUGGUCCAAAUUUGUUGGAAGUUACUUUAAUUGGUUUGGAAAACUUCAGUUUUUAUUUAAAAAAAUAUUGCAAGUCAAUAUUCUUUAUAGGGAAUUUGUUACAGGCUGUCAAAGAUCAUCGUGGACAUUUUUCCAAUUUUUUUGGACCCAGUACAAAAAUCUUCAUAACUUUGGUAAAAAUGGUCCAAAUUUAUUGAAAGUUGCUUUAAUUAGUUAGGAAAACUUCAAUUUCUAUUUAAAAAAAUAUUACAAGACAAUAUUCUCAACAGGGAAUUUUUUACAGGCUGUCAAAGAUGAUGGUGAAAAUUUUUCCAAUUUUUUUGGACCCACUACAAAAUUCUUCAUAACUUUGUUAAAAAUGGUCCAAAUUUGUUGAAAGUUGCUUUAAUUUGUUAAGAAAACUCGAAUUUGCAUAAAAAAAAUUAUUCCAAGCGAAUUUUCUUAAUACGGAAUUUUUUACAGGCUGUCAAAGAUCAUCGUGGAAAUUUUUCCAAUUUUUUUUGACUCAGUACAAAAAUCUUCAUAACUUUAUUAAAAAUGGUCCAAAUUUGUUGAAAGUUGCUUUAAUUAGUUAGGAAAACUUCAAUUUGCAUUAAAAAAUAUAUUACAAAUGAAUAUUCUUAACAGGGAAUUUGUUACAGGCUGUCAAAGAUCAUCGUGAAAAUUUUUUCAAUGUUUUUGGACCCAGUACAAAAAUCUUCAUAAUUUUCUUAAAAAUGGUCCAAAUUUGUUGAAAGUUGCUUUAAUUUGUUUAGAAAACUGAAAUUUGCAUAAAAAAAAAUAUUCCAAGCGAAUUUUCUUAAUAGGGAAUUUUUUACAGGCUGUCAAAGGUCAUCGUGAAAAAUUUUCCAAUUUUUUUUGGACCCAGUACAAAAAUCUUCAUAAUUUUGUUAAAAAUGGUCCAAAUUUGUUGAAAGUUGCCUCAAUUUGUUUGGAAAACUUCAAUUUGCAUAAAAAAAAUUAUUCUAAGCGAAUAUUCUUAAUAGGGAAUUUGUUACAGGCUGUCAAAGAUUAACGUGGAAUUUUUUCCAAUUUUUUUUGACUCAGUACAAAAAUCUUCAUAACUUUAUUAAAAAUGGUCCAAAUUUGUUGAAAGUUGCUUUAAUUAGUUAGGAAAACUUCAGUUUGCAUUAAAAAAUAUAUUACAAGUGAAUAUUCUUAACAGGGAAUUUGUUACAGGCUGUCAAAGAUCAUCGUGAAAAUUUUUCCAAUUUUUUUGGACCCACUACAAAAAUCUUCAUAAUUUUCUUUAAAAUGGUCCAAAUUUGUUGAAAGUUGCUCUAAUUUGUUUGGAAAACUUCAAUUUGCAUAAAAAAAAUUAUUCCAAGUGCAUAUUCUUAAUAGGGAAUUUGUUAUAGGCUGUCAAAGGUCAUCGUGAAAAAUUUUCCAAUUUUUUUGGACCCAGUACAAAAAUCUUCAUAACUUUGUUAAAAAUGGUCCAAAUUUGUUGAAAGUUGCUUUAAUUUGUUUAGAAAACUGAAAUUUGCAUAAAAAAAAAUAUUCCAAGCGAAUUUUCUUAAUAGGGAAUUUUUUACAGGCUGUCAAAGGUCAUCGUGAAAAAUUUUCCAAUUUUUUUUGGACCCAGUACAAAAAUCUUCAUAAUUUUGUUAAAAAUGGUCCAAAUUUGUUGAAAGUUGCCUCAAUUUGUUUGGAAAACUUCAAUUUGCAUAAAAAAAAUUAUUCCAAGUGAAUAUUCUUAAUAGGGAAUUUGUUACAGGCUGUCAAAGAUCAACGUGGAAUUUUUUCCAAUUUUUUUUGACUCAGUACAAAAAUCUUCAUAACUUUAUUAAAAAUGGUCCAAAUUUGUUGAAAGUUGCUUUAAUUAGUUAGGAAAACUUCAAUUUUCAUUAAAAAAUAUAUUACAAGUGAAUAUUUUUAACAGGGAAUUUGUUACAGGCUGUCAAAGAUCAUCGUGAAAUAUUUUCCAAUUUUUUUGGACCCAGUACAAAAAUCUUCAUAACUUUGUUAAAAAUGGUCCAAAUUUGUUGAAAGUUGCUUUAAUUUGUUUGGAAAACUUCAAUUUGCAUUAAAAAAUUAUUCCAAGUGAAUAUUCUCAACAGGGACUUUUUUACAGGCUGUCAAAGAUGAUGGUCAAAAUUUUUCCAAUUUUUUUGGACCCACUACAAAAAUCUUCAUAAUUUUCUUAAAAAUGGUCCAAAUUUGUUGAAAGUUACCUUAAUCUGUCUGGAAAACUUCAGUUCCUAUUUAAAAAGACAUUCCAAGUCAAUAUUCUUAAUAGGAAAAUUGUCACAGCCUGUCAAAUAUGAUGGUAAAAAUUUUCCCAAUUUCUUGGGCAUCCGGUACAAAAACCCUCAUAAUUCCCCAUCACUCACUAUUAGGAAAAACGCAAAACGUUAAAUUCUUUAAAGUAAGUUAAACAAAAAAUCGGAAAUUGUACUUUAUUUAUCUUACAUCUAGGGGAAUAUAAGUAAUUCAGACUCUACUAUUAUGAUAACAGUAUAACUAUGAUUUCAUUUGAUGAUUAUUUAGUAGUAGGUCGAAACACGCAUUACGGUUUUUUUCACGGGUAGCAAUAAAUUGGCUUAAGUCUGAUAAUUUCUCUAACGCAUAAAGCAAGGGAGUUUAACCUAAUAAAAUGGACAGUUUUAAUGCCUUCCUGAGGACGGUAAUAUGGUUUAGCCGAAACGUGCGUCUCGUGGCAGUAGAAAAUGAUGUGUUUGAAUAUAUUUUCAAGGCACUUUUUAGGUUCUCAAGACCUUUGAAGAAGUGUUUCGUUAUCUGCAGGAUUAUGAGGUACAUUUGAUGUAUUCCAGGAAUUUAAUUAACAAAUUUCAUUACUUUAUAUUUUCCAAGCUUUUGGAAUUCGUUUAGGCCCCUUAAGGUAAUUGUUUGUAUAUCCCAUGUAUGUAAAGACAUUUUUUUUACCUUUCAAUGGCAUCAGAUAAACUAGAUAAAAUUCAUCAUCACUAGGCAUUAUGUGUUAACUAAUAGUGCGACAGCUGUCACCCAAGAUAAGAGAAAAAAAAGAGGGAUCCUUGGACUACUAAUACUGAAAUUAUGUCAUCUCGAAGAACAAAUAAUAAACGUCUGUUCCGAUCAUCAUUUAGUGUCUGACGUUGGUAUUGUAGGGUCUUGAAACAAGUGACAUUUUACCUUUGGAAUCUCGCUGAAGGGGACGAUAUUCACACGUUAUACCACCAGAGUUUUUAAGGUGUGAAGCAUUUUUUGUAUAACACACUUUAUCAAUUUUAUACUGGGUGUCUUUAACUUGCUAUAAUAACUCAGAACGUGUAGUGACUCUAUUAUUAUUAUUAUUUAUGUCGGUGUAUUGAUUAUUGAAGACACCUUGCAUAGAAUUAUAUACAGGGGAUCCCAUUGUGGUAAGAAAACAAUUCUUUGGUUUGCUUGGCUCACGGGACACCCCAGUAUGCAGUCAAUAAUAACGUUUUACGCUUCUCAAGCUCGAAUGAUUCAAGAUGGAAAAAAGCUUGUACGUAAGCACUCGUUUCCUUUCGAAUUUUAUACUUUGUAAAUAAAUACUGUGACAUUGAUUUAUUUUCUUUUCUUUUUAAAUAGAGGAAUUUCGUUUGCUCUAAAAUAAUUGCGACUUUCUGUACUGUAAUGCUUUCUAGGGAGCUAAUUUCGUGAAGAAAAAAAAAGAAGACUUUUCGGUAAUAAUCUCAUAUCAAAAUUUUUGAAAGUCAAUCAGUAUUUUACAUGCUUAAACUAAUAAGGUAGCUUAAAUGUGUACAGAAAGGAAAUCUUAAAUUUCCAUUAAGGUUAUAUAAUGAUUAAAAUUCCCUUUAGAUUAAAAUGGAAAGUGCAAAGCAUAACCUUGAAUAAGAUAUAGCGUUUAUGUGCUGAUGAUAAACCUUUUCGUACUAAAAAAAUAAUGAUACUUUAAUUAACCUUUUCCUUCGAUUCUGUGAAAACAUAUUUUGUUAGAUUAGUUUAGUAGAUAACAUUAAUGUUUUGUGGCCAUGUAAUUUUAAAUUUAAUGUAAUAAAUAAAUAAAUAAAUUAUUAAACG